ACAGAAGGCUGUGAAUUGCCUUGUUUUGAUGCCAUCGUUGUUGCGGCUCAGAAUCAGUUCUUUGUUUAGAAGUAUGGAAAGUGGUGUGCCGUGUGGUAUGAAAGCGCAAAGAAAGUUGAUAUUUGGCGCGGUAACAAGCGGUAGCGACGGUAAAGGUUGCAAUAAAUACAGUCGUGCCCAACAGACACAGCGCCGAGUGUCUACAUUAUUUGCGCGUUUAGAUAUUUAUGUUGUGUAUAUCAGUUAUUGCCGCUUUAUAUUUGUAUAAGAUGGAUAAGUGGAAAAGUAAGUUAAAGAAACGCAAAUUUUAGGGUAACAUACCUCAGACCUGAAUUUGCGUUCGAAGCAGUAGAAAAAACAUGUGCCAACAGUCAAGGGAGCGUAAAUAACAUAUAUUAUUCCCGCUAGUAGUUGGUGCAGUUGUAGGGAAUCACAAUUUUGUAGUAACCUUUCGCUACAAUGGUGGUAGUCAAACCUAUAUUCAAAGAUUGCUGAAUCCAGAGCUACUAAUGAAAUGUUUGUAUGGGAAGACCUAGAAUGUGAAUGAAACACUCAAUAAUGUUGUGUGAUGUAUGCCUAAACAUGUUUUUGCUGGCCCUAUGACUGAUGUUAGCAGUUUCUGGUGCUGUAAUAACUUUUGAUGGCAGGAACUAUAAAAGACUGAAAAUUCUGGAAAAGGUAGGGAUGAAAUUAGGGCAGAACUCACCUUGAGGUCUGCAAGAAAUGGAUUGCAUCGUGUAGUCCAUGCAGAGUUUGCUGCUCAGUAAAUGACGAAAGGAGCAAGAAAGAUAAGGCAAUUUUUUGUGCAUACGGUGUGGUCGAUCAUAUACUGCAAAACGUAAUCUCUCCAGUCACCAACGAUUUGAAUGUGGUGUUGUUCGCCAGUUUGUUUGCUCCUUGUGUGGAAAGAAGUUUAAGCGCAAACACCAUCUCAAGGAUCACAUCAAGUGUUAUCACAGAGCUUAUCAAGGGACAGCUGCCAUAAGCUAGCCAUUUAGUGGCAAGUUUUUAUGCAUUUGCUGUGGCCGAUCAUAUACUGCAAAGCGUAAUCUCUCCAGUCACCAACAAUUUGAGUGUGGUGUUGUUCGCCAAUUCAUUUGCGUGGUAUGUGAAAGGGGGUUUAAACGCAAACACCAUCUCAUUUAUCAUGUCAAGAGAUGCCACAAAGCUCAACAAGGCAAGUUCUUAUGCACUCGCUGCGGCCGAUCAUAUACUGCAAAGCGUAAUCUCUCCAGUCACCAACGAUUUGAGUGUGGAGUUGUUUGCCAAUUCAUUUGCGCAGUAUGUGAAAGGGGGUUUAAACGCAAACACCAUCUCACUUAUCAUGUCAAGAGAUGCCGCAAAACUCAACGAGGUGAUUACUUUAUGCUUUUGCCGUAUUGUGCAUAUUGAGGUGGUGCUUCUGGGAUGUGGUGGUGCUCUAGCCCUGGACCGAUCUGCCCAGUUGAUUAACAAUGAGGGUCAAUGUGCCGGCCAGAACCUCAGCACAGCCCCCCCCCCCCCCCCUCUGCUGCUAGAAGGGGAGGGAGCCCACUAGGAUUGGGGUGGGCCAAAAGGGCCUCAUUGGCAAUUUUUUGUGCACUCGCUGUGGCCGCUCAUAUACUGCAAAGCGUAAUCUAUCCAGGCAUCAGCGGUUUGAGUGUGGUGUUGUUCGUCAGUUCAUUUGUGUUCUAUGUGGAAACACAUUUAAGCACAGCCACCAUCUCUCUCAACACAUAAAGUGUUAUCAUAAACUGAUCAAGAGCUAACUGUCAGAAGCUAUAAAAUACUCAGUUAAAGUGUAAUGUGGUUUUAUACAAAGGGACUUGUUUCAUCUGUCAUAGCUCAUCAAAGCUAGUUAUCUAAUUGCUAAACAAAUUAAAAUUUACUAAUUUUAUUUAUUUAGUGAAUGCUGUUAUAACAAUAGUAAGUGUCCUAUUAUUUUUCUUUGUUUUUCUGUUAGGUGUAUUACCGUGCUUGUAUGUUCUGAUAGGGGAUUAAUGCCUCAGUCAGCAGUUCUCCAGCUGUACAGUCAUUAUCUAUUUUAAUAGCUUUAUUUUUACACUAUCUGUAUUGAUAAUCUAUGAACUCUUGUUUAUAUAUACAAAGUUUUUAAAUAAAGUAAUU